AUGCCUGUUUCGGGGUGGGAUGUGGGGAAGGUGACUGUUAAGGGGGCGUCUGCCUUGACACUGCUCCCUCUUGGCCCUAAGAUUCCACCUGUGUCGCCAGGCCUAGAAUGUCAUCGAUGUGCAGAUACAGACUAUGUCCUGUCCUGGCCCGAGCGGCCCGCUGCCUCCAGGGCGAGGGUAGCAGUGAAACACAGCCGGUCCAGGGUUGAGGCUCGAGUGGAUCGUGAGACCAUAGAGCGACCCGCUGCCAUGGACCCUCUGGGCCUGGAGGACCUGUCUUCGGGCUCAUUGAGCUCUCUCUCCUCCCGCGGCCACCUGGGCAGCGACACUGGCUCCGCAACGCGAUACCUGAUGAGGAGGCAACAGCGGCUGUUGGACAGGCCCCCCCGUGGAAUUCGAGCCUCCUCACCCAUGGGCAGAGUCAUCCUCAUCAAUUCCCCCAUAGAAGCCAACAGUGAUGAGAGUGACAUCAUCAAUGCAGUCACUGUGGAAAAGAGCCCAGCAGGAAAGUUGGGCUUCAGUGUUCGUGGGGGCUCGGAGCAUGGCCUGGGCAUCUUUGUCAGCAAAGUGGAGGAAGGGAGCAGUGCAGAGAGAGCUGGGCUCCGAGUGGGAGACAAAAUCACAGAGGUGAAUGGACUUAGCCUGGAGAGUACCACUAUGAGCAGCGCUGUGAAGGUGCUGACGGGGAGCAGCCGUUUGAGCAUGAUGGUGAGGCGAAUGGGCCGUGUGCCUGGGAUCAAGUUCUCUAAGGAGAAGACCACGUGGGUGGAUGUGGUCAAUCGAAGGCUAGUGGUGGAGAAAUGCAGCUCAACACCCUCAGACUGCAGCUCAGAUGAUGGAGUUAGGCGCAUCGUGCACCUGUAUACGACCUCUGAUGACUUCUGCCUCGGUUUCAACAUCCGAGGGGGCAGAGAGUUUGGUCUGGGAAUCUAUGUCUCCAAAGUGGACCAUGGUGGACUGGCUGAAGAGAAUGGCAUCAAAGUGGGAGACCAGGUCCUAGCAGCCAACGGAGUGAAGUUUGACCACAUCAGUCACAGCCAGGCUGUGGAGGUGCUGAAGGGCCAGACACACAUCAUGCUGACCAUAAAGGAGACAGGAAGGUAUCCAGCCUACAAGGAGAUGGUAUCUGAGUAUUGCUGGCUGGACCAAUUGAACAAUGGGCCCCUGCAGCAGCUGUCACAGACAUCGGAGAGUAGUUCAACUGUGUCCUCCUACUCCUCCAGCAUCCCCUACAGUUCUGGCUCUGGCUCCAGCUGCCUCCCCUUGGACAUGGUGGAUGUUGGCCUAUCCACAGAGGAGCUAGUUGGGCCAGGGUCCAGGGGCUGGGGACGGGCAGACACAGCCAUACAGACUGAGCCAGAGGUCAGCGGGGUAGUGGAGACAUGGUGCAGUGUCCGGCCUACGGUUAUCCUCAGAGACACAGCCAUCCGAUCAGACGGGCCCCUCCUUGCUCGAAGAUCCGGCUCUCGCCUUGGCACCACACUGUCUGAGUCCCCCAAAACAGCCCUACUCUUGGCUCUCAGCAGGCCUCGGCCCCCCAUCACUCGCUCUCAGAGCUACCUGACUUUAUGGGAGGAGAAAAAACAGCGACGGAAGGAGAAGUCGGGGUCACCCCCAGAGAAGGGUGCCCUGCAGCGCUCCAAGACACUGGUGAACCUCUUCUUCAAGGGGGGGAAGAGUGGGCGACCAGCAGAAGAUGGCAAGAAUGAGGCCUCAGGGCUAGAGAAUGAGAGUGCUUGCAGGUUCCAGUCCCAUCUGGAAGGAGAGAAAGCUCAGCUCUCUUCCUUAGGGAGAUCAGGACCUGUGCAGAAGUUUGUUACCUGGAAACUGAGAAGGGACAGAGAGAAAGCCCAGACCAUGCUCUUCCCUGGAUCAGAGGGACACUCCAGCCAACUGUCCAAUGGAGAGGACCAGAUCCAGGCAUGGGAGAGCCGUCUCCCCCUCAUACAGGACCUGGCCCGGCGCCUUCUGACCGAUGAUGAGGUCCUGGCUGUCACUCGUCACUGCACCCGGGAAGUUGAAGACGAGGCGGCGGCUGGUGCGCUGGGCGAGCGGUUGGCAGGGCUGCAGGUCUCGCCGCCGGCUGACACCCAGAGUCCUCCGGCUCCGGCUGCGGCCCCUCGCCGCUCGAACAAGCCCUUCCCUCCGUUGCGGGACGUUCCCGUGGAUGCCUUCUCUUGCCCCGGCCGCCGCAGCGCGUCUCCCCCGCCGCCGCCGCCCCGGCCGCCCCCGGUAGCCCCCCGACCCCCGCGGCCCAACUGGCUGCUAAGCGAGCCCCCUGGUCGAGCGCGCGAGGAUGCCCGACGCAGCCGGAGUCGGGGUCGCAGCCGCAGCCGCAGCCGCUGCAAGUCCCCAGGCAGCAUGCGCUCCCCGUCCCCGGCUCCCGGGAACGGACGCUACACCAAGUCCCGCCGCUCCCGGCUUCCCCUCCCCACACCCCAACCCGGACCUAGCGCGCAGGUGGGCACCCAGGAGCGAGAGGCGCCUCCAGACCGCGAUGGAGAAGGGGAGCUCAGGACCAUCACUGUCUCCAAGCUCAGACAAUCCCUGGGAAUCAGCAUUUCUGGGGGGAUCGAGUCCAAGGUGCAGCCCAUGGUGAAGAUUGAGAAGAUCUUUCCUGGAGGGGCAGCCUUCCUCAGUGGGGCUCUGCAGGCUGGCUUUGAGCUUGUGUCUGUGGAUGGGGAGAGCCUCCAACAGGUGACUCACCAGCGAGCCGUGGACACCAUCCGCAGGGCCUAUCGAAACAAGGCUCGAGAGCCCAUGGAGAUAGUGGUCAGGAUUCCUCACCCUUGUCCUUCGGCACCUUCCACAAUCUCUUAGCCCCAGGUCACACUCCUUCAAUGACCUUCUGGUUCAGAUUCCCUGAUCCUUUCCCCAAGUAAGUUAACAAAAAGGUCAGGGUUGUUCCCCAGCAUUAC